AUGGAAUGCAAUAAGGAUGAAGCUAACAGAGCAAUAAAUAUUGCGGAGAGGAAACUUUCAGAGAAGGAUUACGUGGGAGCCAAGAAAUUCGUUAACAAGGCUCAGAAUUUGUAUCCGAAGCUCGAUGACACUAAAGCUGACGAGGAAACAAUGAAGAAACGUUACAAGAAGUUAGCACUUCUGCUUCAUCCGGACAAGAACAGGUUUCGUGGAGCGAUGGACUUGUUUAAGGUGGUUUCAGCUGCUUGGACUCUGUUAUCUGACAAGGCUAAUAGACUUGCGUAUGAUCAGAGGCGGGAAUCGCAAGAAGCUAAACCGAAAAAGAGAGAAGCAAAGCCGCCACAGCAACAGCAACAACAGUCGAGAGACAAUUCUCAAGCAACAAACCAAAAAAGAAAGAGUGAUGAUGCAUCUUCUACAACUUCAGCAUCUGAUUACGCAAACAAAGCACCAGAGAGAAGGAGAAAAUGGUUUAAAGCAAAGAGGCUUGUCAAGACAACAAGAAAUCCAUUCUCUAAUCCUGAAGCAGAUAGGGUUUUCAAGACACCAAUGACAGCAGAAGAUCCAAACUCUACCGCGGAAGCACAGAGGCUUUUCAAGAGACGAAUGUGA